AUGGAGAAUGCAACAAAAAUAAUGUUUGUUCUCCAAGGACUGCAUGAGACUGUGUUAAGCAAACACUCAUACUUUGCUGUAACUCUUCUUGUCUACCUUUUUACUAUUUUAGCUAACGUGACAUUGAUUGUGACAAUCAUUUUGGAGAAAACGCUCCAUGAGCCCAUGCUUAUAUUUGUGUGUAACUUGUGUUUAAAUGGGUUAUUUGGUGCUUCUACGUUUUAUCCAAAAAUAUUGGUCGACCUUUUAUCUCAUUUGGGUGUUACUUCGUAUGAAGCUUGUCUGGCUCAAAUAUUUGUAAUAUACAGCUAUGUAUUCUGCGAAUUCACAACGUUAACAGUGAUGGCUUAUGACAGGUAUGUCGCGAUAUGCAAGCCGCUCAAUUACCACUCCAUCAUCACGCCUCAGAAGGUAGCGAAAUUGCUGCUUUUUACCUGGCUGUUUUCCAUCUGUGAAUCAGUUAUUGUGGUGGGCCUGGUAGCCAGACUGCCUCUCUGUGGAUUCAACAUCGAUAAGAUUUACUGCACAGCCUGGGCAGUAGUAAAGCUGUCAUGUGUGGAUACCACUAUCAACAACAUUUACGGGUCCAUUCUUAUGUGUUUUCAUAUUUCACAAUCCCUGCUGAUCUUGAUUUCUUAUGUGAAUAUCGUCAAGGCAUCUGUGCGAUCACAGGAAGAUCGGAGCAAGUUCAUGCAGACAUGUUUGCCCCAUUUAAUCGCAUUGACAAACUUCCUGAUCGCACUCGUUUUUGAUAUCAUGUACGCUCGCUAUGGUCCGAGCGGCGGCCUGCAGGCUCUCCGCAAUUUUAUGUCCCUGGAAUACCUCGUUGUUCCACCGCUUCUGAAUCCUCUAAUAUAUGGCCUUAGACUGAACCAGAUUCGCCGGAGAAUCUUUAGAAUUUGCAGUCAGAAAAUACAUGCUCAAAAGUAA